CCCGAGAAAACCAGGCUGGUUUUAGACCUGAACGUAGAUGUACAGACCAAAUAUUCACCUUAGGCAAUUUCUGGAAUAUAGACAAACUUUUCGGCGUUUGACGACAGUUCUAUUCAUCGACACAAAGGCGGAGUUCGACUCGGUCGAUAGUGAGGUUCUGCGGCAAUGUUUGACAUUAAAAGGUGUACCAAAGAAUUACAGUAAACGUGAACAGGGUUUUUAUUUUACUAAUUCAUAUUUUCUUGAAUCGUAUCUUCGAUGCCUAAUCUUCUCUAUAACCACUGAUACUGCUAAUAACUCUACUACUCUAGGAUUCGGCUUGACAAUUUCAUCUCUGUGUAAUAAAGUAUGACAGCUUGAACUGAUGCACAUACGUACCAGGUUCUAUGUUGAAACUGGUUGAUUCACUGAAUUAUUUGGACAAUUCUCAUCACGUAAUCUCAGUAAUUUUUGAUUAAUCUUAUUUCAACGUC